AUGGAGACUAUCAGAACCACUGUCGCAGAGAACUUGGGAAAGGUCAUUCCCGGCAAUGCCCUCGCGCCAGAGGAUGGCAAAUUCUCCCUCGACCAAGUCCCGGAUCUCUCGGGAAAGGUAGCUGUAGUAACAGGCGGAUCGGAGGGAAUUGGCUACGGCAUUACACACACACUCCUCUCACACAACAUCUCCAAGUUAUUCAUUCUUUCUCCGUCAGAGGAUAUCGCAUCAGACGCUAUCAAUGCGAUCAAAGAGGAGCUGGGUGAAGGAGUCGCCAACAGGGUGGAGUGGCUACACUGCGACUUGACCGACUGGGAGGAAACGAGCAAGGUGGCCUUCCAGAUAGCUGAAAAGACGGACAGGUUGGACAUCCUCAUCAAUAAUGCCGGAAGGGGUAUCAUGGCACACACCCUUGAUAGAAACGGAGUCGACCGCCACAUGUCCGUCAAUCACUUCGGCCCAGUGAUUCUGACGAGCCACCUUCUCCCCAAGCUCAAGGAGACUGCAAACAAGGGCGACAAGGUCCGCAUCGUAUUGCUGGCAUCCAACGCCCACCAGAAUGCACCGAAGGACACCAAGUUCGAGAGCUUGGAGGAGUUGAACAGAGAUGACGGACCACAAGGAAAUUACGGCCGAACUAAGUUGGCGGCCAUCCUCUAUGCCAAAUAUCUGGCACGGCAUCUUACAUCCAAGUACCCGAACAUUCUGGUCAAUGCCACGCAUCCCGGCGUGGUUGAGACGAGGCAGUCGACCGAGCAUAUCCACGACGCAUAUCCGCGAGGGGGAUACGGAGUCUCUCAUGUACUGAAUCCCUUCAAGAAGGACCAGUUUGAAGGCGCUGUCUCCACCAUGUUUGCCGCGACGACCACAGGCAAAAGUGGUCAAUACAUAUGCCCACCUGCCAUCGUCGAGAAAGGAUCGGAUCUGGCAAAUGAUGAUGGGCUUGGGGAGAGACUCAUGGAUCUGACAUGGAAGGUCGUGAAGGAGAGGACGAAGUCUUUGAGCGCCGACAAGGGAUGUCCGUUCAAGGAGGCGUGA